GUGUAUGCUGACAGGGCAGAACCAUUGCUGGGAAGAGGGAAUGUCUCUCUGAUUUAAGAGGUUUGACUUCAUCUAGACGUUUUGUGGGGAAUUAUAUCAUUGUAUACAUCUGUGUUCCUCAAAUACCCAAACCAAAGCUGACCAAAAAUCAAACUCAAACUGACUAAGACCAUUUUCGAUUAUUGAGAAGAUUCCUUCUCCUUUUCCAAAGAAGCCUUGUGACAUUAGAGUUUCAACAGUUCUGAAGAAAGAGACGUGACAGGAUGUAAUUCUGAUUGGAACAAUCGGACCCAUUUAAAGGGCAGGUCUGCAGAAGCUGCAUUGAGACUGCAGAAGCUCAGCCAAAGGCAGAGGAUGACACUGGAAUAAAUUCAUGAGCAGCAAAGAACAUAUUUUGCAUCAAGAUGAAAACAAUUACAGUAGUUAUUUUGCUUGUAUUAGAAGUAUCAAACUGCUUUGCACAGUCAGGAGGAAACUUUUUAAUAUAUAAUGUGGAUAAUAACAAAUGCAUGUCAAGCUCCCUGGAACGACUCGUCAACUGUGACCAAUUCAGUAACUCACAACAGUUCCGUUGGACUUCGAAAAAUCGCAUUUUGAACAUUUUCACAAAGAAAUGCCUUGGAGUGGGAAGUAAAGCAGUGGGCAAAACACUGCAGUGGCUGAAAUGUGCAGAAGACAAUGUUUUGCAGAAGUGGGAAUGUCACAGUGAUACAUUGCUUGGCCUAAAGAAUGAGUCUCUGUACCUUGCUGUAAACAGUAACGGUGUGCCAGUGAUCUCUGCAGACACUGGAGUAAAGAGCAAAUGGACAAUUCAUGGAACACUGAACAACAUUUGCUCUCAGCCUUAUGAAGAGAUGUACACCAUUGAUGGAAAUGCAUUUGGGCGGCCAUGUCAGUUUCCUUUUCUUUAUGAGAAAAAAUGGUAUGCAGAUUGUACCAGAGAUGAUGAGCAAGAUAAACGCCUAUGGUGUGCCAUUGAGUCUGACUACGGUAUUAAUCAGCUGUGGGGCUACUGCCCAACACUUGAAAGUACAUUUUGGUCCAAACAUCCUCUGACAAAUGUCUAUUACCAAGUGAAUGGAAGGUCAGCCCUGACAUGGUACCAGGCUAGAAAGAGCUGCCAGCAGCAAGGUGCAGAGCUGCUGAGUGUCUCUGAAUCUCAUGAACACACCUUUAUAGCAGGAUUAGUUCAGAAGACAUAUGGCUCACUAUGGACAGGACUGAACAAAUUAGAUGUGUCGAGUGGAUGGCAGUGGAGCAAUGGACAGCCUUUACGUUAUCUGAAAUGGCUCAGUGGUUUCCCAACCACACAACCAGGCUACAGUUGUGGUGUCCUGAAAAAUACUUUUGGUUCUGAAUGGUCAAACGAACCUUGUUCGGAAAAACAUGGGUACAUCUGCCAAAGAGGCCAUUCUGUUCCUACCAUUCCACCAGUGGUGAACACUGGAUUUUGCCAAAGCCCCUGGAUUCCAUAUUCAGGCAACUGUUAUCUGCUUCAUCGCAACAAGCGAACAUGGAUGGAGGCGCGAGAUGUAUGUCUGCGGGAAGGAGGAGACCUGCUGAGUAUCCUCAACACAGAAGAGCAGAGCUUUGCCAUCACACAGCUUGGAUACUUGAAGACAGACGAGCUGUGGAUUGGUUUCAAUGACCGCAAAACUCAGAUGCUGUUUGAGUGGAGUGACCAGUCUAGUGUCCCGUUUGCCUCAUGGGAGGUGGGGGAGCCGAGUCACAGUGCUCUUCAUGCUGAGGACUGUGUGUUAAUGAGAGGAGAGGAGGGAAAGUGGGCUGAUGAUAUUUGUGAGAACAAGUAUGGAUUCAUCUGCAAGAAGAAGGCCAGCUCUAAAGCCUCAAAUAAUGACACAGUUGUCACAAGCCCAGGAUGCAAAACAGGUUGGACCAGGUAUGGGUACUACUGCUACAUGGCAGGAUCUGAGACAAAGACCUUUGAUGAAGCAAAACAGAUGUGUGAAAAAGCUGAGUCUCAACUGGUUGAUAUUUCCUCCAGAAUAGAAAAUGCAUUUCUGGUCAGUCUAGUAGGAGCACGACCUGAAAAGUACUUCUGGACUGGACUGUCUAAUCAGAAGGAUCUGCACACUUUUGAAUGGACCAGCACCAAGCAAGUCCCAUUUACUCAUUUCAACGCUGGGAUGCCAGGAAGAAAACAAGGCUGUGUUGCCAUGACGACUGGAAUUAUUGCUGGGCUUUGGGAUGUGCUCAGCUGCUCAAAUAAGGAAAAAUACAUCUGCAAGCAGAGAGCUGAAGGACUAGUUACAACUCCAGCCCCAACAACCCAUCCUGCCCUGGGCUGUCAUGAAGAAUGGAUGGCACUUGCAUCUAGAGACCUUUGUGUCAAGUAUUUCAAUGUACCUUCAUUUCAAAUGAAAACUUGGGAUGAAGCUCUUGACUUCUGCCGAGAGCUUGGUGGUGAUCUUCUGAGCAUCCAUCAUGAAUCAGAUAUUCCUUGGAAACAAGGAGGAGGGUAUCCAGCAUGGAUUGGUUACAGAAUGUACGAUCCCUCGGUGGGUUAUGUUUGGAGUGAUGGUUCUUCGUCAUCCUAUCAAAGUUGGGCCAGUGAUGAACCAAACAAUUUGAACAACAUUGAAAAUUGUGCCGAAAUGAGAAUUUCAAUGUGGGACAAUGAUGGAAUGUGGAAUGACGUGAACUGUCACGACAGAAAGGACUGGUACUGUCAGAUUCAUAAAGGAAAGACCCCAAAGGAAGUGAAUAUUACAGGUCUAGUUUAUAAUGAAACAGAGGAUGGCUGGAUUAUAUUCAGAAGUGACCAGUAUUAUAUAUCUCAGUACUCAUCAAUGUCUGUGCAUGACUCGCGGGCAUUCUGUAAGAAUGCAAAUGGUGAUCUUGUGGUUAUCAAUGAUGAGGAAGAGCGGCUGUUUCUCUGGCACAAGGCUCAAAGGACACACAGUGAUGUUAUCAUCGGUUUGACAGUUGAUCUGGAUGGGUCUUACCAGUGGCUGGAUGGGUCCCCUGUAGUAUUUCAAGCUUGGGAAGCAAAUCAGCCGGCCUUUAAAAACAGUGAGGAAAGAUGUGUGAAGAUGACCACCUCUCAAGGACUCUGGGAAACUGUCAACUGUGGUGAUGAAUAUAAUUUUGUUUGUAAGCGAAGUAAGUCUCCUCCAGUUAAUUUCACGGUGGCCCCUACACAAAUGCCAAAAGGAGGCUGUGCUCCUGAGUGGAAAAGCUUUGAUGGAAAAUGUUAUAACGUGAAGGAAGACGUGAAAACAUGGAAAGAAGCAAGAGAAUACUGCAGAGAGCUUGGUGGAGAUCUGUCAUCUAUUAUGAAUCGAAAACAACAAGCCUUUUUAACCACAAUGCUUAGAGAUAAAACCACAGACUUCUGGAUUGGAUUCAGCAAUUUGGCAAACGGGAGGUUCAAGUGGACAGAUGGGAGUCAAGUUGCGUUCACAGAGUGGGCCAAAGGGGAGCCUCAAAACUAUCGAUGGCAUUCAUACUAUUGGACAAAAUAUCACUAUUCAGAGGAACAGGAAUGUGCUGUUAUGGGCAUUGGUUCAGGCACUUUUGGCAAGUGGGUGGCAACUGACUGUAAUUCUACUAACGGUUUCAUCUGCAGUCGUGAUGUUGAUCCUGGUAUUGCCACAGUGCCAACUGAACUUCCUAAAACCUUUGUCAAGCUCGGAAAUUCAUCUUUCAAACUGAUUCAAGAAAACUUAACAUGGAGUGAGGCAAACCGUCGCUGUGAGGAGGAGGGGGCUCAUCUUGCCAGCAUUCGGGACUUGGUGACACAAGCUUACCUUGAGUUGCAGGUCUACAGAGCACAGCAGCCCAUGUGGAUUGGUCUCAACAGUGUGAAGUCAAAUGGAUAUUUUCAAUGGGCGAAUAACUGGACCAUGAAAAUGGAGAAAUGGGCACCUUCUGAACCACGGCCCAACCACCCUUGUGCAUACAUGGGAAUAAGAGGGGAAUGGAGAACGACUCUCUGCAAUCAAACCUUCUACGGUAUCUGUGAGCAAACAACAGACAUUGCCCCAUCUCCUCCACCUCAGCAACCUGGACAUUGCCCAGAAGAAAACGAUGACAGUCCUUUCAGGUGGAUACCUUUCAAAGACAGUUGCUAUGCUUUUGUGACGGAAAUGAAACCAUGGAGCAGAGCGGAUAGACUCUGUAUGACAUGGGGAGCAUCUCUUGUCAGCAUUAGGGAUGAAGCGGAAGAGAAGUUUAUAGAUGCCAACCUCAUGCUCCUUGAAAGUUACAAAGAGUUUUGGAUUGGACUUUUCCAAACCCAGAAAGGACACUGGUUGUGGUCAGACAAGAGCGUGGUAGAUUACACUAACUGGGCAUCUACAGCCGAUUAUGAAGAAGACUAUGAAGACCGCCACUCUUGGAGUCCUGACUGCACAUUAAUCUCUACCAAAUCUAAAAAAUGGAAAAAACGACAUUGUGAUUACACAGUCUUGCCGUUUAUCUGCAAAACCCCCAAAGUAAUAAAUUCAAUCACUAAGGCCCCACAUACAGGUGCUGAACCUCACAGGGUCAAUACCGGUUUGGCUGUGUUUUUGAGUAUUGCAGUGGUCUGCAUAUUGGGAGCUCUAGCGUACAUUUACUACAAGAGUUCAAAAAGACUGUUAUUGCCUACAUUUGAAAAUCCCAUGUAUCAAAACACAGAGGGUGCUAAUUCAGAUAGUAAAGAUAACAAAACAUUGCUUGGCCACAUUGAGAUAGCUGAAUAGACCUGUGUUUUAUAUUGUCCCAGUACUUGUAUAUAUGUAAGGGAUAAUGUACAAUCAGCCGGUCAUAAUCAUAAAAUAAACAAUGGCAGGGAUCAUCGAGUUUAUUUUGCGAUAAUGGCUGUACUUUAUCCUGCUUCAUACUGUACAUGGCUACUCAGCAAAUAAAUAUUGAUUUUGGUAGAAAUAAUUUUUAUGUCAGAAAAAACGCAGCUAUGUAGGAAUCGGUUGUCAAUUCUGUCAGGACCACUAUCGUCAAAUAUGACUGAUAAUUGCAUAGAGUUUGUAUUGGCGGUAUGGUUCCAUUCUAGGCACGAACUCCCUGCAUAUCCAUGCAACCUCGCAUGGAUAAGAGCCGGGAGAGCAGCAAUACUAAAAAAAAGGGUAAACAGAACAGAACCAACAUAUUCAGGGAAAUCAGAAGGCCAAAUUCUGACUGGACGACAAGAGGAGCUAGGGAUGGAGGAGGGUAAUUAGCUCCUGAGAAGUGCGAUAGCUGCUGAUAAUACUGAGGAGCUUAUAUAUGGAUGCUGUGAUAGGCGUCGUAUUCCUAUAGGUAGACAUGAGUCACCUGGGAUUCAGCUGAUGCAAGCUUGACUGACGUGACCUGCCAGAACCGACGCUAUGCUUGAUUUAUAUAGUUUAGCAGUCAUUAUGCAAAAAAAAAACAUCUGACUGCAGAAUGGUGCAAAUGACUAAUCAGAAUCAAAUAUUUCAAAGAGUCAAACAACAUGAAAGAAAAAUGCUGAUUUAAUAUGGCAUUGCCAUUGUCCUGUAUAGUUUUAUGUGAUGCUAUUUCAAGGCUUUUGUACAAGUUUUCAGAAGUUUUUAAAAUGUUUUUCAAGUUGAAUAAGAACUGUCUCUAAAUAAACUUUAAUUUUUACACUGUAA